AUGAGUGGGCACGAAUCCAGUAAUGAUAGCAACUCUCUGUGGAAUACGGAUGGGAAUGAAGUUGGCAAUUCCGAACAUGCCGCUAGGGCUAUAAACGAAGGUGCAGAUGAGGAGAGAAAGAAUGCUGGGAGCUCGGCGUCUGCAUCGGUUUCUCCGAUGACGAAAGCGAAUAGUAACAGCAGUCAUACCAGUGCGAAUAAUGACGGAAUCGAUAAGAAUAUCAGUAACAAUGGGAAUAGUAAUGGCGGUAGCAAUUCUGAUGGUGCCAAGGUAGAUGGAGAGAAUACCGACGUGAGUAAGAAUAACGAUAAUAACGAAAGUGAUAAUAACAAUAAUAAUAGUCAUAAUAAUAAUAAUAAUAACAACAACAACAACAACAGUAGUAAUAAUAGUAAUAACGGCAGUGGUAGUACGAAUGUCGAAGUAUCGGGUGGAGCCGCCGCUGGGAAUAGUAAUAGUAAUGUGGAGAAGGAUAGCAAUCAUAAUAACGAUAACCAUAGCAUGUUGAACUUCCAUGACGAUUACGCUGGCAUCCUGAAUAAUUUAACUAACGGCAAUAAUAGAGGGAACAUGCAGCCGCAGUCUCAGUCUCAGUCUCGACAAAACAAUGAUGGUGCUAAUACAGAUAAAAACAGCUCCGGUAUGGAUAAAGGGACGUUGGAUAUGUUGUUACAACAUUACCAAGAAUUGUUGAACAAAUCUAAUAGCGCAGCUAAUUCUCCACAGUUCGCUCCGUCUGUUGGACCAUCGAACACGACGCCGUCCCCAAACAUCUCCGCAAGGCCACAAGCUGCAGAAAAGCCCUGUGAUCACUGUAGGAGGAGGCAGAAUAAGUGUAUAAUGACGCCAGGCGCCCAAAACUGUGUACCUUGCGAUACAAAGGGUAUCAAGUGCACAUUUUCUGAAAUUCCCAGCGGAAAAACUGCAGCGGAUGUAUUACAGAAACAGAUGAGCAAACGUGAUAGAGUUGACGAGAAUAUUAAUGUUCACGAAUUGCUAAAACGGACCAAAUUCGGGAACGUUAAUUACAACAACAACAAUGAUGUUAGUCAUAAUGUUCCAAACGUUAAAACUAACGACAUGCCUUCUGAUAGCUCGCAAAACCUCCCGAUGCAAUUCUACAAUGACGCUAUUCAAAGUUGGCUCAAGUCCCAAUCAUCAUCUUCUGAACAACAACAACCAGCAUACCCAUAUCCUAGAAAUAUCUCAGAAUUUAACGACAGUGCUAACAACGGCAAUAACACUAAUAACUCGUCUCAAAAAGUCUCGCCUUCUUCUGUAUACGACUUCAAUCAGUUCUCAUAUGGACAAACGCCUAAUUUCCCUGUGAAUUCUAAUGAUCAAAAUUUCCAAAGCCAGAUUAACUAUGCCCAACCAGCUAUACAAUAUCCAAGAUCUUCUUACUUUGUUGGUCCCACAUCCAUUUUUGAUAUAAAUUUGAUAAACCAUAUGAAACUGGAUAAAAUAGAACAGGUUCAGUUAUCAAAGAAUUUAGCCUUGAGAAAAGUGUCACCAACAGCACAGUUCAUUUUAAGAGAUGAUUUUAACCAAGAGCUAUAUCUGAAACAAGAACACGAUAUUGACUUGGUGGAGAAAUUGGUUCAUCCACACGGAAAGAUUUUGGUGGAGAUUUUCUUCAAACUAAUACAUCCAUACUUCCCUAUCUUGCAUGAACGUGUGUUUUUGGAGAAAUAUUCUAGGUCAUACCGUGAAUUAACAGCUCCUAUCCUUGCAUCGAUAUAUUCCCUUGCGUUACAGUGGUGGGACUUCCAUCCUCAACUUAUCGGUUUCCCUAAACCUGAUGUAGUGAAGCAAUUGAACGAUAUCGCGUUGAAAACUUUCUAUGAAGUGUUUGAGAGACCCAAACUAAGUAUAGUCCAGGCUGGUUUGCUUAUCCUACACUGCCGUAGUGAGUGUCCAAAUAACUGGGUUUUGUGCUCCGAAAUUGUUGCACUGUCGGAAGAGUUGGGCCUUGGUGUUGAUUGUCAGGAUUGGAGGUUGCCUCGUUGGGAACGUGGCUUAAGAAGAAGACUAGCAUGGGCAGUAUGGUGUGUAGAUAAAUGGUGUGCAUUACUAGAAUCAAGACACUCUCAUCUAAUUCUUGGCAGAAAUUGGAUGGUGAAGCUUUUAACUGAAGAGGACUUCCCUGAUAAAUCUCCAAUAAUCAGCAGCAGUCAAAGAAAUAAACCAGCAUCCAAAAGGCCACUAAGCCCCAUCGGAAACUCUUCUAUCCUUGAUAUUUCACCAACUGAUGAGGACUUCAAUAACGGUAAGCUAUUGUUUAGACAGAUGGUUUCAUUAAGCAUUAUUUUGGGAGAAAUUAUGGAUACAUUUUAUACUAUUGGAGCAAUGAAAACUACAACUAAAAUAGAACAUGUUUUGAAACUUGCUAAACCGCUCCAAUUGAAGUUGAGAGAAUGGUACCACUCUCUACCACAUAGACUUUCUAUGAACAACUAUGCACCAGGUAAUUAUAAUAGCAAUGCCACUUUAACCUUAGCUUACUUCGCGGCAGAAAUCACAUUGCAUAGAAAGAUCAUAUCUACCUUAUCACCAGAAUCCCCUGAAGAACUAAUCCCUGUCUGUAGAACAGCAGCCAAAACAAGAUUGAUUGCCGCAAUUGAAUUCAUACGUGACUUGAAAACUGAGCACAUAAAUUCUUUUUGGUAUACCUGUUCAACCGGAAAUUUAGCGCUAAUAGGUACUUUUUCAGCACUAUUAUACGUGACAGCACCUACCAAGGAUGAAGCUUUGAUCUUUAGGGAUUGUUUGCGUAACUACGUCUGGAUCCUAAGAAUGUCUUCUAAGAGCUUUGAAAGAGCUGGAAAUGCGUUGGACAGAAUUCAUAUGUUGCUAACUCAAAUUCCGGGUUUGUUAACAGAUGAACCAGUGACUCAGCCAUUUGUUCCUCCAAAGUCACAGUCUCCAUAUAAUCCAUCGUCAAGUUACAACGCGCCACCGCCUCCUCCAUCAAAUCCUCAACCACCUCAACAAAACCAACAAGGUCACUCACAACAGCAGUUCUUCGGUUCAGGCCAGAGUCCAUAUUACAGCUCUCCUCAAGCCAACUUUGAAAUGUUGAAUAAUUCGAACUUCAAACAAUUGAAAAAUCUACCACCUGAAGUUUUACAAUCAUUGUCCAAUAUACAGUCAAAUAUGCCUAGUAUCCCUUCCGCUUCCUUUAGUGAGUUGAACGAAUUUCUAGAGAUGCGCUCAAAGACUCCAAAGCUACCAGUGUCUAACCAAACUUCGAAUUCUCUUCCACCUGAACCACUUUCUCAGGACAAAUCACCACACAGGAUAGGUCCUCUGGCUGUGAAUGAGAAAACAAAGUUGAGCAAAAAUCCAAUAACCCCAUCAAGUGCAACUGGAACAACUAACUCAAACACUAGCCCUGCUAAAUUUGACAAGCAGAACUCGCCAGAAAAUGAGAUCAAUACCCAGAUUGCCGGGCCUACCGACUUUAAGACAUAUAUGGAUGACAAGAAGAUUAAUUCUGUACGGGAAGAAAGUCACCAGUGA